AUGGACUUCCCGAGGGGCGCAAACACCAACAUACAUCUCAUUGAAGGAUUCUCUAAUAUUUACUGGAGAAUAUAUACAGAAGAGGUUGGCGCCACAAAUAACCCACAGGAAGGCCCCGCCAAUGGCUACACUAUUCUCAAACACCUAAGUCGUCUCAAAGACCUCGAGGCUCGACUGAGGAAUUUAAAUUGCCUGGCAUCAUGUCCAAGACGACUGGGGCUUUGGGUUUUCUCCCCCACUCCCGACUUUGAAAGUCUGCAACCCCUGUAUGUGAGGGGAAACGAGGCAGAAUCUGUUAGAAUCGUUAUCGGGACCACAACUUUGAAAGUCUCUGCUUCAGGGAGUGUUUCUUCAUUGGACUUGGUAAAAGGCCUGUCGUCUGACAACCACAACCAGCCUGCCACCCAACCCAAUGGACAGUCCCGCCCGGCCCAGGGUCAGCCAUCAUCUCGCCGUCAAGAUAGCUUUAGUAGCUCGGCAGCCAUUUACGCCUCAUUCAUUUCCGCAGUGACUGGCGCGAUUAGCUUACAGUUGGCCCGACAGUAUGGUGCUCUGCCGCUUGGAUCACGCACUCUUUUCACCGCAGUGGAGAAGUUGGGCUAUGAGGCUCCACACAUCAACAAUGAUAGUAUCCUCUCCACUUCAUGCCUAACGACGCUUAAUGUUCAACUCACGAUGGCCGGAACAAUCACUGUUUCUGCUCAAACACUUUCUCAAGCGGCUAUUAUGCGGCUGUGUGAUCCGCGAGAUGGCAUUACCCAUCCGAUUGUCGCAAAGCCUGGUAUCGAUGUAUGGCUAUGCCCAAAUGGGACGAUCGCCAGACUUGUCACGACCAGCGUCGAUCCUUCAGUUGCUCCCACCUCGAAUCACACCACACCCGGGGAUAAUUCUGCAAAACAUACGCAAUGGAAGUUAGAUGUUCUGCAGUGGCUUCGGAAUUUUGGCAUACAUGUUGAGGCAAUAAACGAAGAACCUUGGGUGGAGGUGGAAGUGUGGGAACCAUUUUUUGCGAGGCUUGCUGGGGAAGCAUGGCGACAGAGUGAUGAUAGUCCAUCUUCGCUGCCCUUGAAACGCAUGCUGUGGCCGGCGAGAUUCUGCUUCAGAAGAGCUACUUCAUCAAAAUCCUCCUCGGGGGCUCAGACUUCUCUUCUUGGCGAACCCUUAGAUUUUGCAGAGCAAUGGUCCGCCGUGACUAGCUCUCUCAACCUAGACCUUGCUGUCAAUCUCCAAGACACUCCUCUCGCUCAAGAAGUCUCGACUGGGGACCAUGAAAUGGUACAAUCUCCCAAAGUCCAGAUCAAUGACAACAUAGAGAGUUUAUCUCGACUUGCACAGUACCCUGACCUCCAAUCUGCAAACCUUGUGUAUCCCACUCCGCCAGAGGGGGCUGCUGCCAUUGGACCAAGCGCUCUAAACCCAGCUGAGGCCUUCGUGGACGGCUCUGAUUUUGGGAUUUCUCGUGCCCAACAACAGAGUCCCAAAGGAAAUGCUCCAUAUUCUGGCACAUCUCCAAACCCGAACAAUGGUAUUGGAGUUGGCACUGGUCGAUAUGAUGAGAGUGACGAGGAAGAUCUUUUUGGUGAAUUAGAUGGCAAAGACUUCGGGUCGAAGGGUAUCACAGACGCGGACUUCAACUUCUUUGACGACCCAGACUUCGACGGUAUAGGCGGGGAUAACUCGCCGGAAGAAACCGAACAGGCACUCCAAUUAUCCCCUGACCAAAACUACCUGGACCACGAUGCCAUGGUUGAUAAUACCUCAUCUCUCAAUCAAAUGCCGGAAACUGAACAACAAGUCCUCGCACGGGAUGACCACCCUUCCCAAAUACACGAGCAAGUGCCAGACUCACCUGGUCAAGCCAGCCUCGCCGAUGAGCAAGCUCAAUCACCCACAGACCGAGCACCUCAACCAAUCAGCCCACCCCUGAGCCCAGUAGAGGUCAGAAAGAUACUGUUCCCCGGGCUUCAGUCAGAUUCCAAUCAGUCUACCAGUAAUCGGAGGCAAGGCCAUUACCUUCCAGUCGCAUUUCAGAACAGGCUUGGCAAUUGGGACCAGAAGUAUGGAUCGACUGGCAAAUUUUGGUUCUCUGCCGAUACUUCAUCCGAGACCUCAAAUCAGACAUCUGCGAUACCAAUUAUCGGUCGACCUCACCGCGCUCCGGGCAGUGUGAACGGACCUGGUUUUGCGAGGGAGAGCAAAUCUUCGAACUCUGUACCUACUGCAGAGCAAGCUCCUCGUUCAGCUUCCGUCAGCAGUGAUGAUAGCGAUGACAGUGUCGAGAUGGUUUGGGAAUCCGCGCCAACGCCGACCGUUGUAUCAACCUUGGCUUCUCUCAAACGCAAGCGAGCUCCAUCUGAUACUGAUUUGUUGUCAGUUGCAUCACCAGAGAAACCUUUGCCUGCAAACGAUACAGCUACUGCAACUACAACUGCAACUGAAAACUCUACUUUCUUGGGCAACUUCCUGGCCAACUUCUCCGACUGGUCUUUGGCCGGGUAUUUUUCGGCAUUCACACCACAUCAACAACCCGUACUUCUCCGCCGAGAACAUCAGCUUCAAGUUGCGCAACUUUUAGUCGACCAGAUCACACAGUCAUCCCUGAAACAUUCACUCGACGGUCACAUCUCCCUUUCUGAUCUGGAAACUCAAUGUCCCUCACUGCAAGCCCUCGACGAUAUAAGUCUAUUAGGCGAUGCCUCCAAGCUGGACCUGAAGAGAUACACGUCAUUGCAAGAUGAACUGUUUGCCAGCCAAUCGCAACAACAGCCACCACCACAUCCACCGGCGGUGAAAGAAAGUCCAAGAGGUUGCACUGUGAAGUUGCCGGCGCCCCAUAUACGUAUUCGUCGCGGUAAAGAAUUUUUAGAAGCACUUCCUCCGGCUAUUUCUUUCUGGGAGACUUUUGGGUUGGAACCAGCCCAUGGACCAAAAGAGAUCUCUGCUUACUGCAUUCAUCCAACAAUUGCGUCCAAGGCAGCAGAUGUGUUUUUGAAUCGGUUUGGUCUCCUCUAUCAGAGUUGCAAUCUCGGAAAUCAUUCUAGAGGGGAAUGUUCACUGUCAUUCGAAGAUGGUUUGAGGCCAUGGCAAUCCGAAUCGUCUCGCUAUGAAUCUAUGAUGCAGGUACUUAGGGGCAUUUGCGAAGAACUUGGUUCGGAGCUCUCACAGUCCGCGCCAAGCGCUGAAAAUUGUGUUGUCUAUAUAAUAAACCCUUUCAAGAAUGCUGCUGCGCUCGCGGAUAUUUGCUCCGCCUUCUGGCAUCUCUUUCAACGACUACUCGCUGAUUCCGAACGCCGGCAAGCCCGGCCUGUGAAUGAGCUUGUCUUGCAAAUCAUUCCACUGGACUUCGUCAUGUCAAGUGAAACGAUGGUUGUGCCUCCGCAGUCUGACUAUUUGAACUUAGCACUUGAAGUCUACGGCCGAUGCCGUCCAACAGACGCUGAUGCGAGCUCCUUGCUCUGCACGCCACCCAUCUUGUUGGCUGAUCCUCUACCAUCGAGCAUUAGCUUCCGGCUUGCAUCCGAGCGGGCAUCGCCACUCAAAGAUGGACGAAGCCUUCACAUUGCUUAUUCCCGAAGUCUGGAUCAGCGUUGGAUAUCGGUGGCAUGGUCUGAUGUCUCGGGUACCAUCCAAAGAACCAUGUCUUACUGCACGAGAUACCGCCAAUCAGGUAGCAGUAGGCCAAUUGCCGAAGUGCGGCAGGAGAUAUGGACGACGACAAGGCACAUCAUGGAUAAACUCCAAGCGCGAUGGAGAGUCCAAUUAGUGACCACCGAACCUAUGGAGCCUGAUGAGGUCGAAGGUUGGGCAACCCUUGCAGAACAGUACAACAAGCUACGACCAGGCUCUUUGGAAUUUACUAUCCUCGCCGUCAACGUUAUUCCCGACUUAAUACUUGAGCCCCCAUACCCAUCCGCCUCGAUUUCAAUGCUCAAUUCACUCUCCUCAUCAACACCCGUUUCUACCCCUAAUCCAAGCACCAGCAUUGCAUCUCCUGAACAAUCCGGAAAUGCAGCGACUCCCACCAGCACCGGACCUGCUGCCUACAGUGCUCCUACCCCAACAGAAAUGUCACUUGACACCGACCCCGAAGCUGUCCUCGUUGACAUUUGUGACGAGUCGUGGUCAGCCGUCUUGUCCCACCGCCUCAACAGCUCUCCACACCUCACCGAAUUCCGACCAGCUUUGUCUAGCGGGUAUCUCCUUCGCCGCAAAGGUGCUACGGACAGCGACGGCGUUUACGCCAUGGCUGUCAACCUCAUCCAUUCCUCUCACCCUGUCGCCACUCACGAUUGUGUCUUGAGAAAAGUCCUGAGAAUGUACCGGGACAUGAGUUGCCUAGCCCGGGCUAAGGGCACAUGCAGCGUGCAAAACAACACACUGCCCUGGCAUAUUGUGACAGCUCUCCGUGCACAAGAGCUGCUGAGUUAUGUUUUUUGA